CAUAGAUAAAGUGGGCAGCACCUGAGCAAGGAAUCUCAUUUCUGCCUUUUUUGUGAUAAGAAAGUCAAGGAAAAUGUCCCUAGAUAAGGCGCUUGUCGAUAGGCUGGGCUCACUUGCCCUCCACUCCAAUCACAAGAUCAUUGUGGGUGUCGAUUAUGGCACGACGUUUACAGGGGCAAGCUAUGUUAGCUCAAAGGGGACUGAGCUUAGCGACGUCAUAGUUAUAAGCACUUGGCCCGGUCCCUCCAGAGUUACUGAUACUGUCUUCAAGACACCGUCUCGUAUCGCAUAUCCCACCGAUAACCCGCGUAUUAGCAAGACACGCUGGGGAUACCAGGUGGAACCUGGAAUGGCAGGGUAUUCGUGGACAAAGUUACUCCUAGAUCAGAGUACUCCAUUAACGAAAUAUGACGAUGCUACGCUCGAAAGCGCUUCCCAGGCGGGUAUCUUGCGAUUACCGGAGGGGAAGACUGCGAUUGAUAUUGUCUCUGACUAUCUAGCUGAAAUCUACCAGUAUAUUCUUGGAGUAAUCUCCAAGCAAAUCACAGAGGAAGAGUUAAGCAUAACUCCCCUAGAAUUCUGGUUUACAGUCCCAGCUAUCUGGUCAGAUCAAGCUCAGGAUGCCACGAAAGCUGCGGCACAACGAGCAGGAUUUGGAGCUAGUCUUGAACGACCAAGGGAUGAAAUCUUCUUAAUUAGUGAGCCUGAAGCCGCGGCAAUCACCGCUCUGAAGAAGUACAGCACGAACAGUAUCGGAGGCUCUGUUAAAGUCGGGGAGGGAAUACUUGUCUGCGACUGUGGUGGAGGCACCGUAGAUAUUACCACCUACCUUGUAAAUCAGGUCUUUCCCACCUUGAAAUUCGAGGAACUGUGCACGGGUAUCGGUGGUAAAUGCGGAUCAACCGCAGUAGACCGGAAUUUCUACAAACUGAUGUCGGACCGCUUCGGGGACGCAUUCGACAACUUACCCAUGAGAAGAAAAGGCCCUGGAAGUGAAUUCAUGAAACAGUUUGAGAUUAUCAAAAGGGACUUUGGAAGUUCUGACGAAUCGGAUUAUUUCGAGCUGCCUUUGAACAUGACUGUUCCGGAUCCAGAUCCCGCACACUUUGAUGACGAAGAACGAAUGGUCAUCAUAUCAAGUGAUGACCUGCGCGCCCUCUUCGACCCUGUCAUAGAUCAGAUUAUCAGUCUAGUGAGGUUGCAAAUCAGAGGUGCCCGUCAGGAGACUGGCAAAGAUAUAAUUAAGAGAAUUGUCCUGGUUGGAGGAUUUGGCGACUCCGAAUAUCUUCGCAAAACUAUGCGGUCGUCGUUUGAGUCUUCGGGAAAUAUAACUAUCACAAUCCCCGACAGUCCGCAAGCUUCUAUUGUGCAAGGGGCUGCCCUUCGCGGCUUGGAGGGCCUCCGGUCCACCACGAAACACUGCCGUCGGCAUUACGGAUUCUGCUGGGGCAUUCCAUUCCGCGAGGGAAUUGAUAAUGAGGCCAACUCCUACAUUCACUCUUUUACUGGUGAGAAGAUGGUUAGGGGGAUAAUGAGAUGGAUGAUUGCCAAGGGCGAGAAGUAUACAGAGAACUACACAAACAACGUAAACAUCAACCAUCCCCAUUUUGAAUCUUCAGAUUUGAAGAAACCCAUCACGUUCUACGCCUGCGAUGAUACGCAAGUCCCUGAGCGGGUAGAUGAAAAUGGGGUGUACGAAGUGGGCGAAAUCGUUGUUGACUUCUCGAAUACCGAUCUGAGCCGAUUUGAGUCGAAGUCAGUAGACGGCAAGCGUCUAUAUUAUCUGCGGUACAAGCUCAAGGUCAUCUUUGGUGCACAGGAGGGGAUAUUGCGGUUUGAAGCCGUUAGCCAAGGGCAGACCAUUGGAACGACGAGCAUCAAUUUCAACACGCUCAAGUAUUACUGAGAAUUAACGAAUCUCAAUACAAGCUAGUCAGAGUAUUUAAAUGUCUCUGACCAUGAUCAUAUAUGAUUUUCCUGAGCCUAUUGACCUGUUUGCUCUCACAUAGUCAGUCGUAUCGUCAAUCAAAAGGAUCGCUCACUGAGACCCAUCACCCAUUCUCAGCGACGGGGCAUUGGUUUUUCAAUAGCUGAACACACUCUAUCUUGUAUAAUACCUCUUCCAUGAAGGUAAGUUACACGAAAGAACGGUUAUUGCUGGUCCCGCAUAUGAUUGUUGAUUUUUCAGCUUUCAUAUCACAAUGCAUAUCUAUGAUACUGUUCCAAUAACUCCUUCAGAAAAUAUUCUGUCAUACUGAGAUAACUUCCUACAUAGGAAGAAUCACGAUCACCGGCUAAUAUAUUGACAUAAUAGUCUAGCCGUCAGAAAGCAUCUGAGAGUAGGUAUAUAUAUCAGAUAUAUUAGAUAUGAUCAAAGAUUCUACAUAACACUCAGGUUAUUAUAUGGUCAGACCUUAGAGUUGAGAUAAUAUCAAUCAGAUGCCAUGAUUCUACGGGAUGGUAGUCCUUUCCCCAGAUAAUUCAAUUAUAUCAAGUGCCUCAGCUCGACAGACCAGUGUUUACAGAUUGUGGAAGAGCAAGUAGCUUAGGAAUGACAGCGAUAGGCUUAUUAGGGCAGCGUCAAGCCUCGU